GUCACACGUACGCAUGCGUCACGACGUCACGGCCGGCUAUAAGAGCGCGGCGUGCGCCCGGCCGCUUCCUUUCUGCGAGCGCGUCGCGGCGGCAGCAUGGGGCCGCAAAAAGAUAGGAAAUCUAAGAAGGCGACGUGGAAGUUUUGCCUCGACCUGACUCAUCCUGUUGAAGAUGGAAUCUUUGAUUCCGGGAACUUUGAGCAGUUCCUAAAGGAGAAGGUUAAGGUCAAUGGAAAAACUGGAAACUUGGGGAACACUGUUCACAUUGAACGUUUGAAGAACAAAAUCACAGUGACAUCUGAGAAGCAGUUUUCUAAAAGGUACCUAAAAUAUCUCACCAAGAAGUACCUCAAGAAGAACAAUCUUCGUGACUGGCUUCGUGUUGUUGCAUCUGACAAAGAGACGUAUGAACUACGCUACUUCCAGAUCAGUCAAGAUGAAGAAGGAUCAGACUCUGAAGAGUAAUAGAAGCUUAGCUUCAUGCUCAAUACAGCGUACAAAAGGAACAUCUAUUUAUGAGAACACUUAACUUAUUGGUGAAUAAAGAUUUUGUACUCUGUUUGACAGAGC